AUGUCGAAAAAGAAGGGAAAUAAGAAAAAUCAAGAUUUUGAUGAGGAUUUCGAAGAGAAAAAGACUAUUACAAGUGAUUCUCACGAGGUAACCUCUAAAAGCAAAGGAAAAGGGAAAAAGAAGGGUAAAAGCAGUGCAGGAGACUGGAGUGAUAGUGAUGAAGAUGUUUCGAAGAAGGUGGUAGCAUCUGAUGACGAGGAUGUUCCGAAACCAGCGGCUAAAAAAUCACAAAAGAAAGCCAAGAACAAGAAGAAGGGUCAUGACUCUGAUGAUGAGCAGGAUGAUACUAAAUCUACUACCAGUAGUGCCACUAAUGCUGCUUCUAAACCAGCAGCUAAAGGCAGUAAAAAGAAGAAAGGCAAAGGUAAGAAAGACGAUGAUUGGUCUUCUGAAGGUAGCGAUGUGGAGCUCAAAGAAGUAUCAGAAGAAGAAAUUGUAAAGCCUGUUAGUAAAAAGAAAACUAAAAAUAAAAAGAAAAAUAUAGAGGCGGAAUCUUCUGAUGAAGAGGAUCAUGAUGAUUCUAAAUCAGUAGUUAGCAAUGUCUCUAGUAAUCCAGCUAAACCAGCGUCUAAGUCAAAGAGCAAAAAAGGUAAAGGUAAGAAAGAAGACUGGCCAGACGAAGAGAGUGAUAAGGAAUUAAAAAUGGAACCUUCAGAGGAUGAAGAAGAAAUUGUUAUCCCUGUAGCUAAGAGUAAAGGGAAAAAUAAAAAGAAAAACAAUAUUGAUGACAUAGAGGCUGAGUUGAAGAAGUUUGAAAUGAAAGACCCCGAGCCUGAACCAGAGGUGCCUGUUAAAACAAAGGAUAAAACAAAGAAAUCUAGUAAAAAAGAAGAAAUAGUUGAACCAGAAGCCUCCCCUGAUGAAGCUUCAAUGGAGACUGAAGAUAAAGUACCAGAGUUACCAGAGAAGGAGAAGGAGGAGCCGGCUGAGAAGAAAAUGAGUCAUAAAGAGAAGAAGAAGUUGAAGAAACAACAAGAGUAUGAGAAGCAGAUGGAGUUGUUGACUAAGAAGGGAGGGCAGGGACACAGUGAUCUAGAUGCUAAUUUCACUGUUAGUCAGGCACAGAAAACUGCUGGUCAAAUGGCAGCAUUAGAAAACGCUGUGGACAUAAAAGUCGAAAACUUUUCAAUUAGUGCUAAGGGCAAAGAUUUGUUCGUGAACGCUAACCUGUUGAUCGCUAACGGUCGAAGGUACGGUCUAGUGGGCCCUAAUGGUCAUGGAAAGACAACGUUGUUGAGGCAUCUGGCCCAACGUGCCUUCCCUCUCCCUCCUCAUAUAGAUAUACUGCUGUGUGAGCAAGAGGUCACUGCGAGUGAUAUGAGUGCUGUUGAUACUCUCCUCGAGGCUGACGUUAAGAGGACUGAAUUGCUCAAGGAGUGUAAAGAAUUGGAAGCUAUCAUAGAAAAGGGAGAUCUUAGCAAACAAGAUAGGUUAAAUGAGGUAUAUGCAGAACUGAAGGCUAUCGGCGCUGACUCAGCAGAGCCACGCGCGCGCCGUAUCCUGGCCGGUCUCGGGUUCAGUCGGGAGAUGCAGGACCGUGCCACUAAGAACUUUUCCGGAGGUUGGCGUAUGAGAGUCUCACUUGCAAGAGCGCUGUAUAUAGAACCAACGUUACUGAUGCUUGACGAACCUACAAACCAUUUAGAUCUGAACGCCGUCAUCUGGUUGGAUAACUACCUCCAAGGUUGGAAGAAGACACUCCUAGUGGUGUCCCACGACCAGUCUUUCUUAGACAAUGUAUGUAACGAGAUCAUCCACUUAGAUACACAGAAGUUGUACUAUUACAAGGGCAAUUACUCCAUGUUCAAGAAAAUGUACGCACAGAAGAGAAAGGAAAUGAUCAAGGAAUACGAGAAGCAGGAGAAGAGAUUGAAAGACUUGAAGGCUCAUGGACAGUCGAAGAAACAGGCUGAGAAGAAACAGAAGGACGCGUUGACUCGUAAACAAGAGAAGAACCGAAGUAAGGCGCAGCGCGAGGACGAGGAUAGCGCCGCGCCCACAGCACUAUUACAGCGGCCCAAGGAGUACAUCGUCAAGUUCUCCUUCCCCGACCCACCGCCGCUACAGCCCCCUAUACUUGGGUUACACAAUGUGUUCUUCAACUUCCCUGGUCAGAAGCCUUUGUUCAAAGAUGUGGACUUUGGUAUUGAUUUGAAUUCGCGUAUCGCCAUCGUCGGCCCCAACGGAGUGGGCAAGUCCACUUUCCUCAAACUGCUAGUGGGUGAACUGAACCCCAUUCAAGGAGAACUUAUUAGGAAUCAUAGACUGAGGAUAGGUCGCUUCGACCAGCACUCUGGCGAACAUCUAACGGCCGAGGAGACUCCAGCCGAAUAUCUACAGAGACUGUUCGGCCUUCAAUACGAGAAAGCUCGCAAGGCGCUCGGUACAUUCGGCCUGGCUAGUCACGCGCAUACUAUCAAGAUGAUGGAUCUCAGUGGAGGACAGAAAGCCAGGGUUGCAUUGGCUGAAUUAACCCUAAUGGCACCCGAUGUUGUUAUUUUGGACGAGCCUACAAAUAACUUGGACAUCGAGAGUAUAGACGCGUUGGCGGACGCUAUCAACGACUACAAGGGCGGCGUGGUCAUAGUGUCCCACGACGAGCGACUCAUCAGGGAGACUGACUGCGCACUCUACGUCAUUGAGGACCAGACUAUCAAUGAGGUGGACGGUGACUUCGACGACUACCGUAAGGAGUUGCUGGAGAGUCUCGGCGAGACCAUCAACUCACCUUCUAUUAUCGCGAACGCAGCGGUCCAACAGUAA